AUGUACAGCGUCAAUAAAGAUCGGAUUAGUCAAUUGCCAGACGCACUCCUUGUUCAAAUUCUCUCUCUUUUGCCGACAAAGGAUGCAUUCACAACAUGCCUUCUCUCUAAAAGUUUUGCUGUUGAAAGGGAAGUGAAGCAUGCUGUAUUCUUGUCCUCCUACACACAUGCUUGUGUAUUGCCUGAAUCUUUUUGCAACUGUUCGUCGUUGAUAACAUUAUAUCUGAGACAGUGUUGCUUUAAUGAUGCGGUUAUAGUCUGGAAGUUUCUAAAGAGCCUAAAGCUGGAGAGUGUGAUCUUAAAAGAUGAUGAAAUUUUGAACUUACUAUCAGGUUGUCCUGCAUUGGAAACUAUGGAAUUAGAUGAUGUUGGGGGUUUUCAUUGCCUAAAAAUUAAUUCUUCAAAAUUCAAGAGAUUGAAUUUGAAAAAUCAUAGGUUGCCUCAUGAUAUCAGUGAUCGCUCCUUGGAGAUUUAUGCCCCGUAUCUGGAGCAUUUGGAAAUUUCAGGAGAUCUUGGGGAUCUUCAGUGUAGGCUUGUUGACGUGUCCUCCUUGGUUAAUGCUAAGUUCAAUGGAUUGCUGGUUCCAGAGUUGAAAUGCAAAUAUCUAACACUAGAAUUGUGUAUAGAAAACUUUGAUUUGAAUGGAGUUGCUGGACUUUUGGGAGCCUUUCCUCAUGUGGAGACUUUAAACAUAUACAUGACAGAAAAUCUCCUUGAUAAUUACUUUUGCGACUUUGAGGAAAACAAUACCGAUUUGCAGAGUUGGAUUUCAAGCUUUGUGUUUCCCAACCUGAAGAAUAUUACGAUUGUCAACUCCAUCCUGGUGUGUUUAAACAGGCAAAAAAGAAAACGGGGCUUUCGCAGACUUGUUAAACUUUCACAACUUCUGUUAAAGAAUGCAACGAUUUUGAAGAAGUUUCUUGUCAUAUCAAAGAGCAGAAUGUGCAAGAAAUGUAAGAAAUGUUUAACAAACUGUUGGUGCAAUUUUUUCUCUGGAUUGUUUGACAAGUUGUAUCCCUCAAGAUCCUCCACCAAUGCCAAAUUUAUCUUGCAGGCUCAAGUUUUCCGGGACUAG